AUGCAGGAAAUGAAGAAGUUGAAGAGUUCUCUGAAUGGUGACAUCAUGUUUGACAUUCUGUCCAGGCUUCAAGUGAAGCCAUUGCUGGGAAUGAAGCGCGUUUCACGAGGUUGGCGCGCCAUGAUUUCCAGCUUCCCGUUCAUCAAAUCGCAAAUGGAAAAGACAGGAUUGUCCCUAACCGGUUUCAUUUUCCAAGAGAAGUUCCAAUGGUGCAGUGAUGACAUUAAGACAGUUAGUCACAUCGCUCUUGAUUCACAAUCUUCCAAGAAAGUUCUUCACAACGUCUUCGAUUUCCUUCCAGAAUACGUUGUAAUCUUGGCCUCCUGCGACGGACUCGUGUGCUGCCGAAGCUGUUUCCCCUGCUCAGAUCCAUCUGUUUAUCUCUGCAACCCUUCCAAUAAGGAAUGGAUUAGAAUCCAGUGGCCGUGGCAUAAGCUAAAGCCUAGCAGGAAUGAAAGCAUAGGAAUAGCAUUCGAUUUCGAAAGCGAUUCGAGGAAAGAAUGCAAUGAAAUCUUUGUGAAAUUCAAGCUUGUGAAGCUUCAGUUCUGCUUAGAUGAGUAUGAGGAUGAGGAUGAGGAUGAUGACGAGGAAUGGUACAUUGAAUUUCAUGUGUACUCAUCAGAAACAAAAGAAUGGAAGGUAUCCUCUGAAGUUUGCCAUUGUGAUCACAAUUUGAUCAAGAACAAAGGUGUGCAUAUAGGUGGUGUUCUGCACUGGCUUACAGAUGGUGAUCAAGUGCUGAGUUUUGAUGUUGAGAAGGAGCUAGCAUUGUUGAUUUCUGUUCCGGUGCCGGCUUUCGAGUUCAGCACUGUGCCUGAAGCUUGCAUUGGAGAUCACAAUGGAAAGCUUCACUAUGUUCUGGUUUCUGAAAUAGGCCUUCAUGUUUGGUACCUUGAAGAUUACUAUGAGUUUAAGUGGACACUCAAGCAUUUUAAGGAUUUGGAUGAGAUUGAAAGGGAAUAUCCUCAAUUCUUCUUAAAUUUGAAGAAUCAUGUUUCGCAGAGAGUGAGCAUGGAGAGUAGCCCAUGGAUGAACCCUCUUGGAUUUAAGGAUGGGGUGUUGUUGCUGAAGGUGUGUGCAACUCUAUACCUAUAUGACAUUGAGAAUAAUAAGAUCUCUCUUGCUUGCUAUGUUCAGGAUCUUAGCUCAAAAUCAAUGCAUGAUCCUACAGUGUUUCCUCAUUGCUUGAGCUUGUUCCCACUAAAACUUGCAUAG